AUGCACUCCACAAGGAACAUCUCAGCACUCUUGUGCCUCCUCUUAACUGCCAGUCCUGCCUCGGUUCUAUCAGCCCCAAUCGCCAAGAACCACGCUCUUCUUCCCAGACAAUUCAACAGCGACUCCCAAGAGGGCUUCAACUGGGACUUUUCCAUCCCCGACGGUCCGGGCUUCCAUACCGGUAGCUCCAGCUCCAACAGUUACAAUGAAAACAAAAACCGUGGUGACUCGGACAUGUCGUCCGAAACCACGGCGAACUCAGAUACUUCCUUUGGUACCCCUGAUGGUCCGAGUGUCAACUUUGGAAACUUCUUUAGCUCGCAUUAUGAGGAGAGUGAACCCGAGCCCGAACCCGAGCCUCAGCCGGAGCCUACCCCUCCCCCGCAGACACCUGAAGAGCCGGAGUCUCCUCCUCCUCCUAGCCCUACUUCUGAACCUAGCCCUGAGCCUACUCCCGAGCCGGAGCCAACUCCUGAGCCUGAGCCUGAACCUACCCCGGAACCCGAGCCUGAGCCCCAACCUGAACCUGAGCCUGAGCCUACUGUCCAUGAGACCCCGACGGAGCCGGAGCCUGAAGUCGUCGUCGUUGAAGCAUGCCCUGCUCCUGAGCUUGAAGCUCAACCGCAGCCGGAGCCCGAGCAGCCAGAACAACCAGAGCAGCCAGAGCAGCCAGAGCAGUCAGAGCAGCCAGAGCAGUCAGAGCAGCCAGAGCCACAACCGGAACAAGAACCCGCUUCUGCGCCUGCAUCAGAACAAGCACGGGAACAGGAACAGGAAUCGGAGCCCGAGUACGAGUUGGCCAAUACGUGCCAAUGCGCUUCUUGA